CUUGAAAAGUGUGUAGUAGGGGCCUGGGUUUAAAAUCAGUUGAGCCCGGUCCCAUUCUUGCCACUGCUGUCACUUUUAGUCCGUUCUCUCUCUCUCUCUCUCUGUGGGCUUCACCUCUAGGUUUUCUCCCACAACUCCUGUUGGAUUUUUAGUGAGGAUACCGAGGACAGCUGGAGGCUAACGCCCACGGUAGCUCUGCAUGUGUCUGGUUUUCACCUCCCAAGGGUGUUGCUGAUCUGAUCUGUGGAUUGAGUGUUGCAUGUUCUGGCUUUUGUCACAAACAGGAGAGCUGAGGACUCGCUCUCAGCCGGAGCUUAACGGGACCAAACCAAGCAGUCACCAUGCUGCGAGAAGCUGUAUCAAACGUUAUAAAAUUCCACAGUUAUCUACAAUCAAAUAUAGAUGACAGAAUCAGAGACUACCCUCUGAUGCAAAGCCCCGUGCACAUGACUUUGCUCCUGCUAGCUUAUGUCGUGUUCUCUGUGUACGUCGGACCUCGUCUCAUGGCGAACCGCAAACCUCUACGCCUCAACACAGCAAUGAUUGUCUAUAACUUCUGCAUGGUUGUACUGAAUGCCUAUAUAGUGUAUGAGUUCAUGAUGUCUGGUUGGGGCACCACCUACACGUGGAAGUGUGACCUUAUUGACUAUAGCCGCAGCCCACAGGCUCUUAGGAUGAUUCAUGUGUCCUGGUGGUUUUAUUUUUCAAAAUACAUCGAACUCCUUGACACGGUAUUUUUUGUGCUGAGAAAGAAGCAGAGUCAGAUCACAUUUCUCCACGUCUUCCAUCACUCCUUCAUGCCCUGGACGUGGUGGUGGGGCAUCACCCUGACGCCUGCUGGAGGAAUGGGCUGCUUCCAUGCCAUGGUGAAUUCAGCCGUCCACGUUAUCAUGUACACCUACUACGGACUCUCUGCGGCAGGGCCUCGCUUCCAGAAAUACCUGUGGUGGAAGAAGUACAUGACCGCUAUCCAGCUCAUACAGUUCGUCCUGGUCUCCAUUCACAUCAGUCAGUACUACUUCAUGGAAAAGUGUGACUAUCAGGUCCCCUUGUGGAUCCACUUGAUCUGGAUGUACGGCGUCUUCUUCUUCCUCCUCUUCUCCAACUUCUGGGUGCAGGCCUACAUCAAGGGGAAACGGCUUCCCAACCCGGACAUGUCCAAACAGAACGGCUCAGCCAGUGGACCGGUGACUGUGAUGGCCAAUGGCAAACACCACGAGAACGGCAACGCUCACCACCACACCAACGGCAAAAUCCUCAUGGGCAAAGUAAAGGAAAUCUAACUUGGUGGCUCUGGAACUAAAACGGAGGCAUAGACUUUUAGCUACUGUUAUACCAUCGAUCAUACCAAGUAGCAAAAUGGAGAGGCACAGAUUUCAACAUGCUACUUCUAACCUGCAGAGUUUUUUAUGCCAGUCUAGUCUUCUGUGAAAACACAUGCACACUUUUUGGGAUGUGAAUGGCGUAUGUUUUGCUGGUGAGCUCUACUUGCCACAUUUUUUAGGAAGUUGUUGUUAAAAUUAUUAACUAUGAUGAACACUGCAUGAAGAUUGGUGCUCAUUUCGUCACUGAUAGUAUUCAUCAACUCAGGCUAACCUCUGUUGCUGACCUGUUGCUUGGGAGUAUCGCACAGUUUCCACCGAAGACUAGUCUGUGUAAAUAACUGCUAUAUAAAAAAAAAAAAAAAGUAUGGUUUUCACUGUAAAUGUCAAAUACUUAUUUUUGUGUUUUUAUUUAUCUUUUGAAAUAAAACUACUAAAUUUAGAUAAAGUUCUGUGUCAUUUAGAAAUUAGGUGUGUGAAAUGUGUAAGAUAACGACACUGCACACUGAAAAAUUUCAAUUUUAAGAAUUGUGGAAAAGAAACGUUAUUCUGUAUAUUACAGUACCGAUACGAUUUAGCGUUAUUAAGUGGUGACACACACAUUGCUGUGCGUGUUUAUCCAUAUUAAUCCAUUCUGACACUGGUCUUUUCUCUCAGCACACUUUACAUUACAUCGGGGUCUAAGAAAGAUUCUGAUCGUCACUUGAAAAAUUAAGUUAUAUGUAUCACCCUUUGCCAUUGUUUACUCAUGAGAUGCCUGGGAUUCACAAUAAAAUAUAAGCGAAUAGGUUUAUGCUGUAUACAUUAAACUAUCAUGUUAAACUGAAAUUAAAUCUGAUUUCUUUUCCGUC